ACUCCUGUUCCAACCACGUCAUGGAGAGAAUCUUUUUGGCCACGCUAAGGAGUCAGCAUCAAACGCGUCCCGGCUUGACGGCCUCAGCUGCUCUUGGCCCACUGGCGCCAAUUGUCAAGGCGACCAGUGACCCUGGAGACCAAGAACAACAACAAAACGAGCAGGAGGAAGACGAGAGUAGGAGAAGAGGAACACCGGAGAGAGGAGCAGCUCACCAGCGACGCAAGAACCCACAGGGGUCGGAGGUCAUCAUGAGCGAGCGGCACGAUGGUGGCGAGCGCGCCCAAGAGAGGCUGGCGCGGGUCACUUCCUGUUUCCAGACGCUGGUGCGCCUCACUUCGUGUUUCCAGCAGUUGGCGGUGUCACUGGGAAGCUCAGCCGACUGCGCCUUCCUAAGGCGCGAGAUUGCACACGUCAGGGCGCUCGCCACAAACGUCGCCAACGGCCUGUCCUGCCAUCUCACGCAUCUCCUGUCCAACUGCAACUCGGGCCCGGCGGGUCCUGCGUCUUCAGCAGAGCGACGAGAGCUGGAGCGCGUGUGGGUCCACUUCCUGUCCGCCAUGGAGAACUUCCUGCGGGACCUGCGCAAAGUUGGCGACCUGAUUGUGCGCUUCCCACUGGGCCAGCAAAAGGACCGUCGCUCGUUGAUCAACACAGGGUGUCUGGACGGCGUGGUGGGCGUGGCCACGAGGGCCGCCUCGGUUCGGAUGCCCUGGUUGGCCUCCGACGUGGAUGACCUCCAUCAGGAGUCGGGUCUUCAGGAACACCUCAAUAGCCUGGAAGCGAUGAUGAGCGACAUGCAGCUCAGGGUUCCUGUAGCAUUCUGGUCAGUGGAGGCCACGCAGCCGACGAGCGGCGAAAUCACGGAGGAGGCCGAAGAAGGGCUGGAAGAGGCCUCCGCCGAGGAGUCAUCUGUCUGCUGCCGGCCAUCGGCACGCUCGGGCCUCGGCUGCGCCUGGUCGUAGCCGUCGCUCCAUUUUCAAAUUGAGGGCGGUUUUGUUUGAGCAGGCUUUGGAAUCUUCACACUAUCGUAACCUCUGGUGCUCCCUUGGCUGAAUUUAUGCAUCAGGACAACAGAGCUGUGGUUUGAAUGUGAUGUGGGCCAGUUUUUUCCAACCAUUGAGAGAUCAUCUGAUGUCACGCCCGAAAUGAUCCAAUGUCACUUAUUUGAAUGAAAGAUUAUGUGCUCCCCAACCAAAAAAAUUGGGUCCAUUUAUCCAUACCAAUGUUGUCAAGGAACAGGCAGAAUGAUGA